AUGGAGACAGCAGGGGCACAAGGUUUUCAUGUUCAGAACACAGAGAGCUCUCAGGCUUCCACUGGAUCUGUAGAUGCCCCAUCUUUGGCAUCGAAAUCCAAUGAUGAAAAUGAUUCCACGGCCACCGUCGACAUCGCAGACGCCACUCGCGCCUUAGCAGGCAUCGACGGCAUCCAAGAUGGCUCCUUUACGGUGGUUCCGUUCUUCCCUGAGAACUUCUUGGUUAAGUGUCGGAGCAGAGAGGUCCGUGACACCAUGCUUGCUGCGUCCACAGUUCCAGCAGCAGGAACCAGCCUGGUGCUCCGCCCCUGGACUCGCCUGGCUCACGCUGAGGCUGCUUCCAUGAAGUUCAGGGCGACGUUGGAGCUCGAAGGCAUUCUGCCUCAUGCCUGGGGGGAAGACACCGCGGCAAAGAUCCUCGCCCCCAGCUGUUGGGUGCACCAGGUCGACCCAUCAUCGGUGUCCAAGGCAGACCUCUCCGUGUUCAAGCUUACUGCUUGGACAAGUGACCCGAGGGCCAUCCCAAAGGUUGUCUGGCUGCAUGUCGCCGAGAACGAGAGCUUCGUGACCGCCGGCGAGCAGCUGCUCUUCGGCAGGUUGCAGCCAUCCCUGCGUCACAAGAACGUCCUUAUGUACCGGGUAACUAUCCACAUUCGCAGCAUCGCCGACUUCGUUCCUGCCGACCUCUCGCCACCACCACCAGCGCCAACCACCGACAACGGCGACAGUGGCCAAGACGGCAAUCCAGAUCGCCACCACUUCCAGCGUGGAACCGGUCCUCGGCUCCAGGGAUUCCGGUGCCAUAGGGGUGUCGUUGACGGCGAGGUUGGGACCCGCAAGAGCGGCGGCGGCGCCGUUGGUGCCAUGAAGGCACUGCAUGUUGCAAGAAGGUGCCCACGGGACGACGUCACCCGGCAACUCCACGCCUGCCAACAUUCUGAGUACACCUGCACAAAGCAAAAGCAAAAGCCAAAGCUGCAGCAGGAUGCAGGCGAAUCCUGCUUUUGCGACCAGACCGUUCCUAGGCAGGAGAAGGACCUAUCGGAGCCUUCCACGACGGCUGAACUAGGGGCCCCGCUCCCAUUCGAAUUUGGCCACAUGCUAAAUGACGGCCAGUGCACUGGAGUCGAGUCGGCCUCGGAUCCAAUGAUCCUCGAGGCAAGACUCCUCAGUGACCCCACAACGCCAACAGUCAUGCAAGUCGACAACCCAACGAGCGCCAUAGAGGCAGGCACCACUGAAGUGACCAACCCUCACACCGUCCCUACGGACAACGCAGAGGCCUGGGGAUGGUGGGGAGUUGUGAUCAUUUUAGCUGUGUCACUGCUGUCAGAGGGCUCCAGUAUGGCUAGUAACUACUGGUUAUCAUAUGAGACAUCAGGAGGCCCUGUAUUUGACACUUCCAUAUUUCUUGGUGUUUACGUUUCGAUAGUUGCUACCACAAUUAUAUUGGAAAUGAUUGCCACUUUUAUUGUGACAUUCUUGGGGCUCCAAUCAGCACAGGCCUUUUUCAACAAGAUGUUUGACAGCAUUCUACGAGCACCAAUGUCAUUUUUUGACACCACUCCUUCAGGAAGGAUCCUAAGCCGGGAAUCAUCGGACCAAUCUAAGAUUGAUACUAACCUUGUGUUCUAUGUUGGUUUUGCCACAUCAAUGUGCAUUUCAGUGGUUACCAACAUAGCUAUUACUUGCCAAGUUGCAUGGCCGUCAGUAAUUGCAGUACUUCCUCUACUGCUUUUGAACAUCUGGUACCGGAAUCGUUAUAUUGCGACAUCUCAAGAGCUUACUCGUCUUCAAGGAGUAACAAGGGCGCCAAUUAUUGAUCACUUUACAGAAACCUUUUUGGGUGCUCCAACUGUAAGGUGUUUCAGAAAGGAGGAUGAGUUCUACCAGACAAACCUGGACAGGAUCAAUUCGAAUUUGCGUAUGUCAUUUCAUAAUUAUGCAGCUAAUGAGUGGCUUGGAUUUCGCCUGGAGCUAAUUGGCACACUUAUUUUAUCCAUAACUGCUUUUCUCAUGAUUAGCUUGCCUAGCAAUUUCAUCAAGAAAGAAUUUGUCGGCAUGUCCCUUUCUUAUGGUCUUUCUCUCAAUUCCUUGGUGUACUACACAAUUUCCAUAAGCUGUAUGAUCGAAAAUGAUAUGGUAGCCAUAGAGAGAGUGCAUCAGUACAGUACUCUCCCUUCUGAGGCAGCAUGGGAAGUUGCCGACUGUCUUCCCUCACCAGAUUGGCCCAGCCGAGGAGAUAUCGAUGUGAAAGAUCUGAAGGUUCGGUAUCGUCAAAACACACCACUAAUCUUGAAAGGAAUUACUGUGAGUAUUAAGAGUGGAGAAAAAAUUGGAGUUGUGGGAAGGACGGGCAGUGGAAAGUCGACUUUAGUGCAGGCUUUAUUCAGGAUUGUGGAGCCGGCAGAAGGCCAUAUCAUCAUCGAUGUCGCCCACAUGGGGGAGAACUGGAGUGUAGGGCAGAAGCAGCUCCUCUGCUUCGUCCGAGUUAUACUGAAACGCAGCCGGAUCCUCUUCAUGGACGAGGCGACAACUUCUGUUGAUUCUCAAACAGAUGCGGCCAUCCAGAGGAUCAUCCGCGAGGAAUUCACCGAAUGUACUGUCAUCAGCAUUGCACAUCGGAUACCGACUGUUAUGGACAGCGAUCGAGUUCUGGUGUUGGACGCAGGUCUUGUGGCAGAAUUCGAUGCACCCUCCAAGUUGAUGGGGAGGCCAUCACUCUUUGGUGCGAUGGUUCAGGAGUAUGCAAGUCGCUCUUCUAGCUUGAAGGAAACCGUUGGAUGA